AUGGAGACUUACUCAAUAGGCGCCCCACAGCUGACGGCGGCUUCCAGUAACGGCUCGCCCUCGGUGUCCAGCGACAGCCCAGGAACGGCGACCUCGUCUACCACUACCCCGAUGCACUCGGCGACCACUGAUGCCCGCCUGGGUCAGCAGCCAGCCGCACCUCCUUCGCGCGGCAAGCAUCUCAAAUGCGAUGGGAACACCCCUUGCUCGCGCUGUACCAGCUCCAACCAGGAGUGCCUCUAUGUGCCCUCUCGUCGCGGUUACAAGGGCCCGAGAAGGGGCACGGCGCACAAUCCGAACAAGCGUCAUGCAUCCUCUUCGCCUCCGUACCCAGGGGCCGAGGACGAUAACUGUCCCAUGCUACUGGGACAUGGGGGUGUGCCGCUCCCUGCACCGACGUUGGCGGGCUUCAACCCGGGCAUUGUGCUCCCGGACCAGUCUCCGGCUUCUUAUACGACUCCCUCCCCCAUGACCAACGUCCCCCUCUACCGGAACCCGUUCGCCCCAGGUAUGGAUCCCAACGCUCUAGCUCUGGCGACCACCACGCCGGCCGCGCUUCCGGUUCAGCCGCCGCCGCCCUCGCUGGCGGACCGGUGCUUUGAUGCCUUCUACCACUUCUUCCACGCGGGCCAUCCGUUUGUGCUGCCCAAGGACUACUUUAUCCGCAUGCUCAAGGAGGGGACAACCCCCAACCUUAACGUGGUCAUGGCCGCCAUGAAAUACAUCGGCUCGCUGUACGUCGAUGCCGGCCCCGCCAAGGCCACCUACCUAGACGAUGCCAUCCGCCUGUGCUACCAGCCCGGCACCCCCAAGGACGGCUACUUGGUCCAGGCCCUGCUGCUCAUCAUCGUCGGCCUGGACGGGCAGUGCAACCAGGCGCGAGCCCGGGAGCUGCUUGCCGACUGCGAGCAGUUCGCCUUGGAGAUCGAUCUCAACAAGCGUGACUUUGCCACCCUCCAUGGCCGCGGCAACCCCGUGCUCGAGGAGAGCUGGCGGCGGACCUGGUGGGACCUCUACGUCUGCGAUGGCAUGAUCGCCGGCGUCCACCGCGUGACCAAAUUCCUGCUCUUCAACAUCCAAGCGGACGUAGGCUUGCCAUGCGAGGAGACGGAGUAUCUCACAGGGCCGCAGCGCAUCCCCCAAACCCUCUACAUGGAGGACUUUGACGACCAGACUUUUUUGGAUGAUGAUCGCGAGUUCUCGUCCUUCACGUACCGCAUUGCGGCGGCGCGCAACCUCGGGCGCAUGAUGCACACGCCGCCCGUCAUGUUCCCCGACGACGCCGUCAUCGACCGCGUGCAAUCGCUGCUCACCAACUGGAGGAUGCACUUACCGGACAGCAAGCGCGACGACCUCAGCAAGAGCUGCCAGCUCGACGAGAUGAUGUUCCAGGCCCAUUUCAUCACGCAUGCCUGCACCCUCAUGCUCCACCAGCCCCUCUCCCAACUCGACACCACCCCCGUCCAAGCCGUCAACUCCUGCGCCCCCCACCGCCCCGUCCCGUCAGGCGACGUCUUCAACGCACACACACGCCACACGCUCACCGCAGCCUCGGAGAUCUCCAAGAUGAUCACGCAGGCGGUGCCCAUCACGCAGCACACGCAUUUCUUCACGUGCGUGAUCACGCUCUCGUCCAUUGUGCACCUGUCCAAGUGGGCGCUGUAUUUCGUCGACGACGAGGACCACCUGCGCCAGCAGAUCCGCCUCAACAUCGGCGCGCUCAACAAGCUGAGCAAGGUCUGGAAGGCCGCCGACACCGCCUGGGCCCAGGUCAAGGGCGUCGCCCAGGAAAUCUACCGCGAGAAGAAGGCCCAGCAGAUCUCGCCCGCUUUCUGGGUCGGCUUUACCCAGGAGCAGAUGAUGAGCAGUAUCAGUGCCGAUGAGGGGAUUAUGAGUAACCAAUGGUGUUACAACGGCCAAGGGAAACAGGCAACUGCGGCGCGGCAGCUAGCCCGGUCCGGUGUCUCACUCACCUUCGGGCGGAGAUCCCCCGUGGGUGUGUGGGUGGGUGGGUUGUGCAUAACUCCUUUCGCCGCUCUUGUUCCCCGGCCUGGGGCCCGGAGUGAAAGGGGGUGGGGUGGGGGCUAUGCGAAAUCCUCGCCAUCCUCGGCCCCCUCCGGCAGCGGCAAGACCACCCUGCUCAACCACCUCGCCACCCGCCCAACGCCCUCCGCGCUCUCCACCAGCGGCACCAUCCUCCUCAACGGCCACUCCGCCUCCAGCAGCAGCAGCAGCAGCAGCACCGCCCUCCGCUCCGUCACCCGCUUCGUCGAGCAGGACGACUCCCUCGUCGGCGCGCUCACCGUGCGCGAGACCCUCGCCUUCACCGCCCGCCUCUCCUCCUCCUCCUCUUCUUCUAGUGGCAGGGGCAACUCAUCACGGCAGGCGCGCGCCGCGCGCGUGGAGGGGCUGAUCGAUGCGUUUGGGCUAAGGGCGCAGGCGGAUACGUUGGUGGGCACGGCGCUGCGCGGGGGGAUCAGUGGUGGGCAGAAGACGCGGUUGGGUGCUGCGUAUCAGUUGGUGAGAAAGGGAGAGGGCCUCCCUAGGGUGUUGGUGCUGGAUGACCCGACGAGCGGGUUGAUUUCGUUGGCGGGGGGGGAGGUGUUGAUUGUCAUCGCGUCGAUUCAUCAGCCCAGCACGGCGACUUUCAACCUGUUUGAUAAGGUGCUGCUGAUGUCACAUGGCAAGACGCAUUACUUUGGGCCGGUGAAGGAUGUGGCAGGCCAUUACGAGUCGAUUGGGUAUCCCAUGCCCAUACACAUCAACCCGGCCGAGUUUCUCCUCGAGAUGGUCAACACGGAUUUUGCGCAGGACCGCGACUCGGCGACGCUGCGGCUGCAUGAAAUGCAGUCUGCUUGGGAUAACUCACGGGGAGGUAAGGAACUCACUGCUGCGGUAGCGGCUGUUGAGGAAAAGGGGUCGGGGGCUCUCGAGCUCGACAUAGCUGAAAUGAAGCCUGGUCUGCCGAGUGUGGUGUUGGCGCUGAUGCACCGGAGCUUCGUCAAGAGCUACCGUGAUGUGUAUGUGUUCCCACCUCCUGAUGGUGCCGGAUUACCGCUAACGUGCCAAAGUGGCUCUGCCUUCAUGUCGUUCAUGGCGUGCGCUUACAGCCCUGCCUACCUCGAGGAUUACAUGCAGUUCAUCAAGGAAAAGCGGAAUGGGCUCUACGGCUCGACCGCCAUGAUCAUCUCCAACUUCCUUAUUGGCAUCCCAUACCUUUUCAUCAUCGCCCUCGUCUUCUCGGCCAUUUCGUACUGGCUCUCCAACCUGCAACCCACAGCCCAAGCUUUCUUUACUUGGGUCCUCUGGGUGUUCUUGGAUCUGCUCGCAGCGGAGAGUUUGGUGGUGCUCCUGACGUCGCUGUUCCCGUCAUUUGUCAUCUCGCUCGCGCUGAUUGCCUUUGCCAACGGCCUGUGGAUGAGCGUCAACGGGUUCAUGGUACCGCCAACCGUGCUCAACGUGUUUUACAGAUACGUUUUCCACUACUGGGACUACCAGAAGUACGUGUUUGAGAAUAUGAUGGUGAACGAGUUUAGUGAGCGGGUGUACAGCUGUGCGAGCACGGCAACGGGAUGUCAAUGCAUGUGGCAGACGGACCUUGCGGACCAGUGCCUCAUCCGCGGGCAGGGCGUCCUUGACCAGUACGGCUACAAGCCAGGAUACAUGGGGAAGGAUAUCGGGAUCAUGAUGGGCAUUAUUGUCGGGUACCGUAUUGCAGCAUGGAUCGUGUUGAAGUUGAGGAAGUAUAUAGACACCGCCGCCAUCCACAUUCUCUCAGGCCUCCUCAACGACGGCAACAGCACAACCGCCCUCCAACAUCCCCAUCACCUACCAGCCCGAAACCUCAAACCAAAGCCCGCCCUCAUCCCGCCACCCUCCCAAAUCGCCCUCCUCACCACCCUCAUCAUCCACCCCUCCUUCACCUCCCGACCCCCCGAAAUAAGCAACACUCACGCCGCCUCGCACGCCCUCUCCUACCUGCGCGGCCUCCUCAGCACAGUAGGCGCCGUCAACGCCAACUUCCGCGCCGCCUUCCAAUUCGGCGACAACACCCCGACCACCACCAGCAGCACCACCACCCACAAAACCACCCGAACCAGCGGCGGCCCCCGCACCACCACCAGUAAUAAAAACGACCCCAACCCCGCCAGCGACUCCGAAGACGACAGCAGCAGCAGCGACACCGCUUUGAGCGGGCCGUUCGCGCGCUCGCAGCUGCUCUUCCGGCGCGCCCCCGACUUCUGGGCCGUGCUGGGCUGGGCGUUCCGGUGCGCGGCCGAGCAGCCGCGCCGGUGGCGCCACUGGCGCGUGUGGCUGGGGUUUGUGGUGGCCGUGCUGGAGGCAGAUUUGGAUGAGCGGCUUGCUAGGGAUGGGCGGGAGAAAAGAGAGGGAGAGGCGGGGGUUGGAGGUGGUGGGAGUGGGGGUGGUGGGAAAGGGAAGGGGAAGGGGAAGGGGGAGACGGUGAUGCCGCCGGCGUACCCGGCGCUGGCGCAGAGUUUGUUGGUGGGCUAUCUGCUGGCGCUGAAGCGCGAGCGUAGGAAUGCUCUGCGUGAGGUGCUGCGCGGGUUGUUUGCUUUCACGGAUGGGGAGAAUGCCGUGUCGGAUCGGGCCGUGUUUCGGGAGGUGUUUGAGAGGGAGACGGUGAUUGGGGCUGGUGGUGGUGCUAAGGGCAAGAGGAAGAGGGGGGAGGAUGUGGCGGUGGAUUUGGAGAAUGAUCAGUUUGGGGAUUAUCUGGACGGGGAUGAGUUCGAUGAAUCGGGCGGGGAGGAGGACGGGGUUGGGAGGGUGCCAACACUGAAGGAGAGGAAGAAGUCCGGGAGGAAACCGAAGGCGGAGGCGGCUGCGGCCUCGUUCGUCUUGACCGACGACAUCGCCGAGACGGUCUCGUUCCGGCUGCGCCUCUUCCGCCUCCUCUCGGCCGUGUCCUACUACCUCCCGGAGACCUUCGCGCGGGUCGACGAACUCUAUGAAAAAUUCGCCGACCACGUGCGGAGCCUCCCCCUGCCCAUGUUCCGCCUCUUCGUCGAGUCCCACCACGCGGACCUGCCCGACGACGUGCGCGUCUCCUUCCUGCGCAUGCUCAUCGAGGAGAUGCUGCCGCGGCACCACCCGGAGCCGGCCGACGUCGACCCGGAGAACGCCUCGGGCACGGGCGUCACCGUCCUCGUGCUGCAGGAGUGCUUCCUGCCCUUCGCCGCCAACAAGGUCACCGCCGAGGACAACGCCAAGCUGUCGCUCGCCCUCGAGAGCAUGCUGUGGUUUGUCUACUCGCGCAUCGACGUCGGGUACUCGCCCGAGCUGCGCGCGGCCGUCGAGAAGGGCAUCAGGGCCCGCGAGGACAAUAUUAAGAAUAAGAGGGGGGGCAGGCCCGAUAAGGCGGCUAAGGAUGUCUUGGCGAGGUCCGCGAGGAAUUUGCGGACGCUGGUUGAUGUUCUCGCUGCUGCUGCUGCUGCUACUGGAAAGUAA